UCAGCAUGAAGUAUUUAUUGAGCAGGUACACUCCCAGAAGGAUGAAGACUAGGGUCUACAAUUACAAGGAUUUCAAAGAAAUCGAUAGGCAAUCCUACAGGUACAACCUUGAGGCGGUCAGAGGAAGAGCCCGGAUUAAGAGAAAUCGUAAGGAAAAGAAGUUAAAUAGUGAAAGUUUCCUGAAAGCAAGGAAAAUUGAGAGGAUGAACUCUAAAGAGAAAAACUUCCAAAAUUUUGCGAUACAUUUAUCAAGCAACCAAAAUGAGGAUGACUCCAAGGCAGAUACAAAAGCAUUAUUUGAUAAGGAGUACUUCCACCCAGGAGUUUGUAGUGACAGUAAUGGAGAAGACCGUAAGGAAGAUUCGAAGGAGUUACAACAGAGAGAUGUUAGAAAGAACUCAUUUGAAGAAAAUAAAGGAGAUUUUGAAGAAAUUUUCGUCCCAUUUCCUGAGGAAGAAGUGGCACCAUCCCAACCUCGAAUGAAGUUGAGCACAAGAGAAGUUAGUAUUCCUCCAAACACAAGCAACUCAGCUAUCCCAGAUGCUCCUGCAGAAGACAUUUCAAGAGAAGAAGUGGACUCUAUGAGUUCAUUCCAAAGAAUAAAUCCUGAAAUACCAGAUGAAAACUCUCUAGACGAUUUUGAAGGCUUUGAUCUCGACCAGCUUGCAAAUAAUUUUGAAUCUUUUCAUUCAUAAUCAUACUUAUUUUUAA